GGAGAAAGGGGGCCGCGCGUGCGCAGAGCGGCGCCCUUCCGACGUCGUCGUCGUUGCCCCGGGUGAGGGAGGCCGCCUGCGCUGAGGUUUGUCUUAGGGGAUAAACAUCCUUUUUGUAAAUUCACAGCCGAGAAGAUGUCUUCAGACAUGUUCGAGUGCUCUAGAGGCAGUCAAGACCAAAUGGCUGUCCCACCAAAUUACUGUGACCUAGGGAAAGCUGCCAGGGAUGUUUUCAACAAGGGAUAUGGAUUUGGCAUGGUUAAAAUAGACCUGAAAACCAAGUCCUCCAGUGGUGUGCUGGAAUUUUCAACAUCUGGACACUCAAACACUGAUACUGGCAAAGCAUCCGGUCAUUUAGAGACAAAAUACAAGAUCCUACCCUAUGGACUUACCUUCACCCAAAAAUGGAACACAGAUAAUACUCUGGGGACAGAAAUCACCCUUGAGGAUAAGUUGGCCGAGGGGUUGAAGGUGACCCUUGACACCCUAUUCGUACCAAACACAGGAAAGAAGAGUGGGAAGUUGAAGACUUCUUAUAAGCGGGAAUGCAUCAAUGUUGGAUGUAAUGUUGACAUUGACCUGGCUGGACCAACUAUUCACGGUUGGGCCGUGCUCGGCUACGAAGGCUGGCUUGCUGGCUACCAGAUGAGUUUUGACACAGCCAAAUCCAAACUGGCGCAGAAUAAUUUUGCCCUAGGCUACAAGGCCGCCGACUUCCAGUUGCAUACUAAUGUGAAUGACGGCACUGAAUUUGGUGGUUCCAUCUACCAGAAAGUUAAUGAAAAAGUUGAAACUUCAGUAAAUCUCGCUUGGACCGCCGGCAGUAACAAUACUCGCUUUGGGAUUGCCGCCAAAUACAAGCUGGAUUCGAAAACUUCUGUAUCUGCGAAAGUGAAUAACGCCAGCUUGAUUGGAAUUGGGUACACUCAAACGCUUCGACCUGGUGUAAAGCUGACCCUCUCAGCUCUGGUUGACGGCAAGAACUUUAAUGCAGGAGGUCACAAGGUUGGGUUGGGAUUUGAACUGGAAGCUUAAUUUAGUGGUUAGAAAAGUACCAGAUCCGUUCCUGGAUAUUUAGGGAAACAGACCUAUAUGUUUUGGCCUUAAGAUUAUUCUGUGAAAUGGCAAAGUGUGAACUUUUUAUUCUUCCAAAGAGUUGUUGUUAUACCCCCUUCCUCACUCUUCCCCCACUGAAAUCUUGAGAUUGUGAACCCGGCAUUAGGGCAGAUACCUGAAGGCAUGCAUGGAAGUUGUAAUGUUGUGCCACACUUCAGUUCCUCCAGUGUUAUUUUAAAACUGCUCUUCAUCAACAGUGUAGCGUCAUGCUCUGAAGGAAAUGGUCUGUCCAGCCUUCUCGUUUGUAUAUUACAUCCUGCAAGUCCUGCACCACUUUCCAUGCCCAUUUAUUAAAUUGUUCUCUCUGCUGAAGUGAAGGCUUCAGUAUCGGAUCGAAACAAAAUAAAUCCAUCACGUUUGGAACAUA